AUGCAGACUGCUUCUUCAAACAUUUGUGAAAGACUGUGCAAUAAGUCCAUCCGUGAAAUUUCCUUGCUACUAAAUAUUCCACGGUCAACUGUUAGUGGUGUUAUAACAAAGUGGAAGCAACUGGGAACAACAUCAACUCAGCCACAAAGUGGUAGGCUUCGCAAAAUGACAGAGUGGGGUCAGCGCAGUGUGCAGAAGUCGCCAACUGUCUGCAGAGUCAAUAGCUAAAGACCUCCAAGCUCGGUGUAGCCUUCAGAUUAGCACAACAACAGUGCAUAGUUUCAUAGAAUGGGUUUCCGUGGUCAGCAGCUGCAUUUAAGCUUUACAUCACCAAGUUCAAUGCAAAGCGUCGGAUGCAGUGCUGUAAAGCACACCGCCACUGGACUCUAG